AUGAGAGCCAUCACGGCGGCAGCCAUUAUGGCGGCGGGGGUUCUUCGAACUUCCUUGGGUCUGCAGCUGGGUCGCUUUUCGGGAAGAAACACAUCUCAAGAUAAUUUCCCGCGUGUUUACAAAGGUCUGGCUCUGUUGAGACCAUCCUCACCCCGAACGACAGCAUGCGGCAGGUUCUUCGCGACGGAUGCAGACUCGAUUCCGCCUCCGCCAGUUGCCCAGCGUACCACUACGAGCUAUGCAGGUGACAUCGCCGCUGCUGUGCUGGAUGCGAACCCAAAAUCGUCCUUGUCGGGACAGACAGAGGAGAGUGCCGCUCUCCGGGCUGGUGACCCGGUUGAAAACCCCCAAAAUAUAGCUGAAGCAUCGGGAUUAGCACCAGCACGAGUUGCUCCCCAAAAUAUACCCUCUACUUCGCCGUCAUCGUCAUCAUCACCACUACCACAGAUAGCACAGCCAUCUCCCAAAGAAUUCCACAAACUCGGCUCCGUCCUCAAAGACCUCUAUAUCCCUGAAAGCCUAAUCGCAAACCCUCCCCGCGUCGAAGACAUAACCCUCAACCUCCUCCUCGCCUCGCAAACCCACCUCGGCCACGCUACGUCCCUCUGGAACCCAGCGAACGCAGAAUACAUCUUCGGCGUCCGGCAGGGCAUACACAUCAUCUCCCUGGACGUGACCGCAGCCUACCUCCGGCGCGCCGCCAAAGUCGUCCGCGAAGUCGCAAGGAAUGGCGGCCUGAUCCUCUUCGUCGGCACGCGCAAGGGCCAACGACGCAUCGUCGUCAACGCUGCCGAACGCGCCAAGGGCUGCCACGUCUUCCAGCGCUGGAUCCCCGGCAGCCUGACGAAUAGCGAGCAGAUCCUGGGCCACUGCGGCAAGCAGGUGGUCAAUGCCUUUGACGAGCCGCUGCCGGGCUACGAAGCGCAGCUGGACGCGCUCCCCGCGCUGAAGCCGGAUCUGGUCGUGUGUCUGAAUCCGCUGGAGAAUCGGCCGCUGCUGCACGAAUGCGGGCUGCAUGUGAUUCCGACGAUUGGGAUCAUCGACACCGACGCGAACCCGACGCACGUUACGUAUCCGAUACCGGCGAAUGAUGAUAGUUUGCGAUCUGUUGCGGUUAUUGCUGGGGUCCUGGGGAGGGCAGGCGAGGAUGGGCAGCGAAUACGAUUGCGGGAGGCAGAGGAGGGGAAGGUUAUGUACCCUGUGAAUGAGAUCUUGGAAGAUUGGAAGCCGAAGUCUGCCGGGAUGCGGGAGCAGGAAGGGCUCAAUAGUCAGUAA